AUGCUGUUUCCGUCAUCUAGCGGAACGACGAUCGACUUGAACUCGCAACGACCUCAAAAGCAUGACCUAGCGCAGCAAAAGCGUUCCGGACGGCAUGUCAACCACUCGCCACGUCCUGAGACUGUUCCCGAGGUGGUUGACUCAUUGGCCGUUCCUCCGGCGCAGUUCGACUGGGGUAACUCAGGCCUGACAAAUCCGCUAACUGCUGGAUCGAUUUCGGCAUCAUCGGCACUUAUGGACUUGGACUUCUUGACCGCGAACGAAUCGCGUAUUGUGACAAUUGCUGGGCGAUCAUCGACAACUGUCGACAUUUCGUAUGCGCUCCAAAAGGAUCUCGCGGCUCUUGGGUUGAAUCCAUCCACUGCAGAUAAACAUGGCAAACAACCGAGCGAAUCGAAUGGUAUCCAAAACUGUGAGACAAAAACGUUAGUAUCUCAUUUCGUUUAUUUGAAUGGUGUAUUUUCUUGGCUUCUAAUUGAUUAG